GUCAAAUUCCGUAUAAGAAACGAAGGUAUGAGACACAGAGUAUUGAAUAGGAGAAUGUGGAAUAUCAUGGACAUCCCUAUGAUUGUUUCAAAGUGGACUCCUUUUAAGGAGGAAUCGCAGCCUGCCAUGAAGUCUAUACCACUUUGGGUCACUCUAACUAAUAUUCCACCAACCAUGUUCACGGAUAAGGGUCUAGAGUUUCUAGCUAGUGCGGUUGGAAAACCAAUUCGGCUUCAUCCAAAAACUGAGGCAUGUGUCAGUUUUGAGGAAGCACAGAUUCUAGUGAAAGCUGAUCUAACAAAGGAACUGCCUCAGAAGUAUGUGUUUACAGGGGAGGAAGAAGGGGAGCUGGAUUCAACAAUCAACUACACUUACCCGUGGCUACCUCCAAGGUGUAGUUGUUGCCAAAAAUGGGGGCAUCUAAGGGAUACUUGUCUCUCUAUGGGUAAUAAAUCUCCUAGAAAGCAUGUCCCAGAGUCUGAAAUUAAGAAGAGAACAGAUGAGAUAGUAGAGCAGAGAACAGAACAGGGCAGCGGGGAGGAGAAAGGAGAUACUGUUGGAGUGGUCUCUGAGACUGCAGUUGCUCAAUUAUCAGAUCCUGCAAACAAGACUGAAAAUGCAGACGGGCAGUCAUGGAUAACCCCAUCAAAGCCGGGUAGUACAUCGGGGAAAAAGCGAGAGGAACUGAAAUUUGGUGAGGUUUCCAUUCUGUCUAAUUCUUUUGCGGCGCUUGGAGCAGAGGAUGAAGCUGAUGAUGCUCAGGUGGUUACCACAACUGAGAGGGAAUCAACUGAUCCAAAUAAACCAAAUAAUACUACGACACAGGAGUUGGUGAAUAAUCAGUGCUUAGAAGAAACAGAGGACCAAAAUGAGUUGCUAAAAGGGUCUGCCGGAACAGAAAAGAUCCAAGGGUAUAAACCUGAGCUACAGUUGCGUCCAUCGCUACCUCGUGGUUCAAAAUCUGCGCACAAGACGGUUUCAAUGCCUUCUACUCAAUCUGCUAGGGUAAAUCCUAAAGAUCGAAGUAAGAAGGUAACCCCCAAACACCAUUAGAUGUCAGGUUUCUUUUGGAAUGUCCGGGGAUUAAAUAAAACGUCAAAACAUUC